AUGGGUAAAGACGCCAUCCGAUACGCAGCCAAAGUCGAUCUAGACAAACCAGCAGCAGAGCAAGAAUGCUUGCACAACCGCUGGCAUCCUGAAAACCCCUCGUACGCCACCAUCAAGCCCGGUGAAGUCGUCAAGAUCGAAUGCGUCGACUGGACCGGCGGCCAAAUUGGCAACAACGACUCAGCCGACGACGUGCGCAACGUUGAUCUCACAAAGAUCCACUAUCUAACCGGUCCCUUUGAUAUUGAGACUGCAGAGCCUGGUGAUGUACUUGUAGUUGAGAUUCAGGAUGUGCAGCCUUUGGAUGAGCAACCGUGGGGUUUCACUGGUAUCUUCGCGAGAGAGAACGGAGGCGGGUUUCUAGAUGAGAUUUAUCCUGAGCCAGCAAAAGCGAUAUGGGAUUUCGAAGGUAUAUUCUGUAGUUCCAGACACAUUCCUGGUGUUAGAUUCGCCGGCUUGAUUCAUCCUGGUAUCCUCGGCUGCGCCCCCUCGCAAGAAAUCCUCGAAACCUGGAACACCCGCGAAGCCGAACUAAUCUCAACACACACCCACCUCAACCGCAUCGUCGCCCAACCGCCUCAACCCCUCAACACGCACGCCGGCACCGCCUCUGGCUCUCUAAAAUCCAAAAUCGGCCAAGAAGGCGCCCGCACCAUCCCGGGCCGCCCCGAACACGGCGGAAACUGCGACAUCAAGAACCUCUCCCGCGGCUCCAAAGUCUACCUCCCCGUCCAUGUGUCUGGUGCUAAAUUCAGCGUCGGCGACUUGCACUUUAGCCAGGGCGACGGCGAAAUUUCCUUUUGCGGUGCGAUUGAGAUGGCGGGGGUGAUUACGCUCAAGUUUAGUGUUAUGAAAGGUGGUGUCAAGGAACUCGAUAUCAAGAGUCCCAUUUACAUACCUGGACCUGUUGAGCCGCAGUUUGGUCCCGGGAGGUAUAUUUAUUUUGAGGGGUUUAGUGUGGAUGAGAAGGGGAAGCAACAUUACUUGGAUGCGACGGUGGCGUAUAGGCAGACGUGUUUGAGGGCUAUUGAGUAUUUGAGGCGGUAUGGCUACAGCGACUAUCAGAUCUAUCUGCUGCUCUCAUGUGCACCGGUACAGGGACAUGUGGCGGGCAUUGUCGAUAUUCCCAACGCGUGUACGACUAUGGGACUACCGAUGGAUAUCUUUGAUUUUGAUAUCAGUCCGCAUGUUCCGGCUACGAAGAGGGAUCUCGGUACUUGUGCAUAUGCGUCAAAGUAG